AUGCCUUCCAACGAGUCCAUGGUCGGCUCCAGCUCGCGUACCUUCUGGUUCCGCGAUGCGAUCAUCUACCAGAUCUGGCCCGCCUCGUUCCGCGACAGCAACGAUGAUGGCAUGGGCGAUAUCCAGGGUAUUAUCAGCAGCCUCGACUACAUCAAGUCGCUCGGCGUAAACACCAUCUGGCUCUCGCCCAUGUACGACUCGCCCCAGGUCGACAUGGGUUACGAUAUCUCGGACUACGAGUCGGUCUACCCUCCCUACGGAACCGUCGCCGACAUGGACGAGCUCAUCAAGCAGUGCCACAACCGCGGUCUCAAGCUUAUUCUCGAUCUUGUCAUCAACCACACCUCGGACCAGCACGCCUGGUUCAAGGAGUCGCGCAAGUCCAAGGACAGCCCUAAGCGCGACUGGUACAUCUGGCGACCCGCCAAGUACGACGCUGAUGGCAACCGCAAGCCGCCCAACAACUGGCGCUCCAACUUCAACCAGCCCGCCUGGACCUGGGACGAGCAGACGCAAGAGUACUACCUCCACCUCUUCUGCCCCGAGCAGCCCGAUGUCAACUGGACCAACGACGAUUGCCGCCAGGCCAUCUACAAGAGCGCCAUGGAGUUUUGGCUCGAAAAGGGCGUCAACGGCUUCCGCGUCGACACGGUCAACAUGUACUCGAAGCCCAUGGACUUCCCUGACGCUCCCAUCGUCGAUGAGGGGGCCGAGACGCAGCCUGCCGGCAUGCUCUACUGCAACGGCCCCAUGAUGCACACCUACCUCAAGGAGAUGGGUGCCAUCCUCGAGCGCUACGAUGCCAUGACCGUCGGCGAGCUCCCCAACACGCCCAAGACCGCCGAUGUCGUCAAGUACGUCUCGGCGGCCGAGAACGAGUUGAGCCAGGUGUUCCAGUUCGACAUUGUUGACAUCGGUCGCAACCCGGUGGACAUCAUGGAGGUCGGCCAGUGGAAUUUGCCUGACAUGAAGCGCAUCGUCGAAAAGUGGCAGCGCUUCACCGAGGGCAACGAUGCGUGGACCACCGUCUUUAUCGAGAACCACGACCAGGGACGAUCGAUCUCGCGCUUUGCUUCCGACAAGCCGGAGCACGUCACCGACUCGGGCAAGUUGCUGGCGCUCAUGAACAUGACACUUUCCGGCUCGGUCUACGUCUACCAGGGCGAGGAGAUUGGCAUGACCAACGUGCCUUCCACCUGGGCGGCCGAGGAGUACCUCGACAUCAACAGCAUCAACUACCUUGCUGCGGUCAAGAAGCGCACCAACAACGACGCCAUGGCGAUGGCCAAGGCGCUCGCGGGGGUCAACCUGCUAGGUCGUGACAAUGCGCGCACACCCGUUCAGUGGUCGUCGGCGCCCAACGGCGGCUUCUCCAACACGCCCACCACCAAGCCCUGGAUGCGCACCAACGACAACUACACCUUGAUCAACGUCGAGGCGCAACAGGAGGACCCGGCGUCGGUGCUGAACUUCUACCGCAAGGCCAUCGCGGUGCGCAAGCAGCGCAACUCGCUGCUCGGCCACGGCCAGUUCCGUCUGCUCGAGGAGGACGACGAGCAUCUGUUCAAGUUUGUCAAGAUCGCCGACAGCGGCGAAAAGGCGUUUGUGGUGCUCAACUUUACCGACAAGGAGCAGACGUACGAGCUGCCAUCGGAGCUGAGCAGCGCAGAGGCCGUGCUCGACACCAGGGACGAUGGCCAGAAGGGCUCACUCAAGCCGUACCAGGGAAGGCUCUACGUCGCUGCCAAAUAG